GUUCGCGCUGUGAUUGGCUAUUAUUUAAUCCCACCGCAAUUGAUUGGCCAAACAUCACAGCGCGGGUUCUGUGGUGGAAUUAUAAUUCGGCCGACUUCAUCAUUCUGCAAGUCGAACGACCGAGCCACAGCAACUGCGAUGAUGAUGACGAUGCGCUCGACGAUGACCAAGGCGCUGCGCCUGCCGACGCGGACCCUCGGCGCCGCCGGCCCCGUGCGCAUGUACCACGAGAACAUCAUCGACCACUACGAGAACCCGCGCAACGUGGGCGCGCUCGACAAGAAGGCGACCAACGUGGGCACGGGCCUUGUCGGCGCGCCGGCCUGCGGCGACGUCAUGAAGCUCCAGAUCGAAGUGGACGAGCAUGGCACGAUUGUCGACUCCAAGUUUAAGACGUUUGGCUGCGGCUCGGCGAUUGCGUCCUCAUCGGUCGCGACCGAGUGGCUCAAGGGCAAGAACAUUGAUGACUGCCUCAAGAUCAAAAACACGGACAUUGCGAGCCACUUGAAGCUGCCGCCCGUCAAGCUCCACUGCAGCAUGCUCGCCGAAGACGCGAUUAAGGCCGCGGUCAAUGACUACAAGAGCAAGCAGCAAAAGGUCUCGGCGUAAACCCGCCUCUAUUAUAUCAGUUUAGUGUAAAUCAUAUCUCCUCAAUCCACGUCUUUCACUUGUGCGACGA